AUGAUGGCCAUGGCAAAGCCUGCUUACUUAGCCAUAUCUUUAGCGCCUCCAGACAAGCCACCGCUUGCAGAGAGUCUGUCGCACGGAAUUGGGUAUUACCACGAGGCACUGAGCAAGAAUGACAAGCGUAUCGUAGAGAGUCUAUUUGAGGGUGGUGCUAUCAAAGUCCUUCUGGCCUCCAGAGAUGUUGCUUGGGAACUAAAAGCUACCGCUCAUAUGGUGAUUAAAGACUACUACCGAAAGUUCUUGAACGAGGCCCUCCCUAUCGAGAGCCAUCUUCCAGCGUACCUACACGAUGCUUUCGUCACGGAAAUAAGUACGAAGACCAUCGGGUCGACCCAGGAUGCCGUUGAUUGGUCAACUUACACAUACUUUUACCGUAGACUUCUUGCCAACCCAAGUUAUUACAGUCUAACAGAUAUCUCUCACGAAGGGCUUAGUACCCAUCUCUCCGAGAUGGUAGAAAACACCCUCAAGGAUUUGGCCGAGGCCAAGAUUGUUGAUGUUGAUGAAGAAGACGACACCGUCACUCCCCUCAACGCCGCCAUGAUUGCAGCAUACUACAACAUCUCCUUCAUAACAAUGCAGACAUUCCUGCUCUCACUCACGGGCAAAACAAAACUCAAGGGUAUUCUGGAAAUCGUCACCUCAGCCACGGAAUUCGAGUCUAUCCAGAUCCGCAGACACGAGGACCGGGUACUACGUCGCAUCUACGACAGUGUCCCAGUCAAGAUGUCACAGCCAAACUACGAAUCCCCGCACUUCAAAGCAUUUGUACUUCUCCAAGCCCACUUCUCCAGAAUGCAGCUCCCUGCGGACCUAACAACCGAUCAGGCUGUAGUGUUGGGCAAGAUCCUCAACCUCCUGAGCGCUUGUGUGGACGUUUUGUCUUCAGAAGGCCACCUGAACGCUAUGAGCGCUAUGGAAAUGAGCCAGAUGUGCGUCCAGGCAAUGUGGGACCGCGACAGUGCGCUCAUGCAAAUCCCAUUUUUCACACCAGAGCGUGUCAAGGCUGCUGGCGAACUCGGCAUCAAAACAAUCUUCGAUUUCAUGGACGCCAUGGGUGAGGACUCCACCCGCACCCGCCUCCUCCAGCGAACCUCCAUCACCGAAUCCCAACUCGGCAAAAUUGCCCACUUCACCAACAAAAAAUACCCCAAUAUCGACCUCGCCUACGAACUCGAAGACCCUGACUCUGUGGUCGCUGCGCGAACUCGACGGGGAAGACGAGAAAGCAGAGUGCAUGCGCCCUUCUACCCCCAAAACAAAAUUGAGAAUUGGUGGAUUGUUGUUGGUGAGGAGAGUAGCAAGGCUCUCUUGGCGAUCAAGAGGGUUACGAUUGGCAGGAGGUUAGAUGUCAGGUUGGACUAUACCGUGCCAAAUCCCGGCAGGCACGAACUCAAGUUGUUCUUAAUGAGCGACAGUUAUGUCGGAGUUGAUCUUGAGGAGGAUUUUGAGGUUGAGGCUGCGGAGGGGAUGGAUGAGGAUGGUGACGAGGAGGACGAUGAUGAGUAGAUCGUUGCUGUACUCGGCGACAGGGCUGAUUGAAAAAGAGGGGGGUGUGAUUGGGAGGUUGUAAUCUAGUCCCUUCCCGGUCUUUCUUUUUUGCUGAAUGAGGGAUGGUGGGGGGUUCUAUAUCAAAAUUGAAUUCCACCACAAUGUUUCCCUCGUCCAUGUUCUUAAUAGUUUUGUACGAUACUAUAGUGACAGAUGUCGAAAAAGAAAAGAAAAAUCACAAUAUCUAUCAUUGCAAA